CUCAAACCUUUCAGUUGAGUUUCAUUGUUCGUCAGAAAAUGGUGUGCGGGUCGUCGUUGCGGUCGUAAGAGUUUUUCGUCGGAAUAUCUCCAGGAUUUUCUACGACGUGCCUGCUCCCGUGCCCGUUUUGGGGGUGGUGUUCCGUGGUGUCUCGUGCUGGGCAGUGACGGUGAAUGUGAAAAGGCAAGAAUCAUAAUUUCAACAGAAGGAAAAUUCCAGAGCCAGUGUGUUUGUUGAGUGUUCAAAGUGGUGAAGGGGAGCAGUAGAUUUGGAAUUUUUGGAUAAACUUCGUCCAAGUCUCUGUGUGGAGAGCAACAGCCUGCCAGUGUUCAGUAUUCCCGUGGAGCGAAACAGGAAGCAGCCUUUUGCCGUUCGGUCCCCGUGUGCCAGAGCGGGACGGCACACCACCCAGAGUUGCUGCGCUGCAUGAGUGUGUUGGAUUUCCUUCAUCAUCAACCGUCAUCGUCAUCAUCGCAGUAGUCUGUUUGCCAUAUGAGUAGAAAUAUGACGAUUCCGUCACGGCCAGCACCGCCACCGCCGCAGGCAUCGUCCAACAGGGCCGCCAACCGGUACAGUCCGGCCACCAACUGGGAUGACACGCCGUUUGGCAGCUCGGCGGUGGCUCCCCAGGCAAAGAAGGCACCUCCGCCAAGGCCACCCCCGCCCAAGGUCGUCCCCGCGCUGAAAAAGCCCGGCCAGGCCCAGUCCAUCAACAUCCUGUCGAAUCUGUUCGGCCAGAAGCGCGGAGGCUCGGCCAACAAACCGCCCGUGUCCCAGAAGCCGGUCCUGAUGAAGCUUCCGCCGCCACCCAAGUUGCCACCACCAAACGGCUACGGCUCACUUGCGACCACGACCACGUCGACGGCCAACUCCGAGCUGAUCAGCUUCGACUCGCCGCCCAGUUCGCCCACGUUCACGCAAAAAUCCUGCAGCGACUGCAUCAGCGUGGACAGCUUCAGCUCCGACUCCAACUACUCGUCCCCGAACAACGGCAACAUGUCCCAGGCCGAAAGUGGCUUCGAGGAUGACUUUGUCGUCACGGAGCACGGCCGUCGCUCGAAAGUCACAACCCCAUCGUCGACCACCAUCUCAACCUCGUCAUCCUCCCGAGACCUGUGGGACCUUUCCGACCCGUUCGGAAUGCCUGGAACCACCAACAGCAACGCGCACUACGCACCGGUCGGCUCCGCCACGAUACGAGUCCCCACGGUGAACAGCAAGCUGUACGAAACCGAGUUUGUCGAUCCGCUGUGCAACGGCAAAACGGUCGCACCCAAAGUACAAACCAUCGCCAAGCCCACCAUCAUCAAGACCGUGGCCACCAGCAGCCAAAAGUCCACCCCGGUCCACCACCAUCUGGAGCUGAAGCCCAAACCGGUGCUAACGCCGCCCGUUUGGUCGAUCAAACCAGCGGCACCACCACCCACCAACCCACCACCUUCGACCUUCGACGACGAGGAAUCGUCCUCGCUGGACUCGCUGCCGUCGCUGCCGAUGCCAAACAUUCCGCCCCCGCCGCCACCGGUCGUCGUCGAGGAAGAUGUGGCUGUGGUUGGAUCGGUGCCAGAACCGGUGGUGGUGGAGGAGCACCAGGAAGCGUACGGUGUGGCGAUGUACGACUUUAACGGCGAGACGGACGAGGAUCUCAGCUUUAGGACCAACGACAAGAUCUACCUGCUGAAGCGGCUCAACGAAGAGUGGCUGCUCGGGCGGGACCGGCGAGGCUGCGAGGGCAUGUUCCCGGCCAACUACAUCGAGGUGAGGAUAGCCCUGCCGGGAGACAACCAGCAACAUCACCAGCCCAAAAGUAGCACCAGCAAAUCCGUCAGUCCCGUCGCGAGUAGCUUCAACCCGCCAAAGGUGCGCGCCCUGUACACGUUCAACGCCGAAACGGCCGAGGAUCUGACGAUUGUGGAGAACGACUUCAUCACAGUCCUUCAUCAAAUCAACGCGGAGUGGCUGUUUGGCGAAAGCCACGGCCAGCGGGGUCAGUUCCCGGCCAACUUUAUCGAGUAUGUUCCAUCGAAUCUACCUCUGGUGCCGCCGCCGUCUGGACACUAGGAUCAAGCUUUUUUUGUGGGCAAUUGUAAAAUAGCCAGAGAGAGAGUAGUAGAAGUUAGGGCCAGAUAGUCCUCCGCAAGCAAGCCAUUUGAAUGAAUGAAGUGCAGAGUGUUAUCCCCUUAAAAUAGUGAGCAUUUUGAGUUGUUUUCCCUCUUUUCUUAUGAAAAUUUUGUGUAUAUAUUUCGUUACCUACAGAUGAUAAAGAGAAAAGAAUACACAUCCAUGUGCAAAGUAAUCCCCCUGUCCCCUCCAUUUAUGUCAUAAAUAAAACAACAAUUAGUUUAGGAAUGUGUCAUGUCCGAGCUUGACUCGUUCGAAGACGCUUUUUUUUAAAUGAGAAUCCGCGCGGAAGCAUUUGGGUGAGUCAGCGAGAGGAAGAGAGAGUCCAUACGUGAAGCUUAUACAGAUUUAGGAUAAGACCAAGCAACACACAACACUUUGUGAUUGAAGUAAAAAGCGAAAGAUAAUUUAUACGGUUGAAUAGUGAUAACGAAAUGAGGAACUGCGUGCGGUGUCGCACCAGAAUGUGAUCAAAACUGUCCUAUUUACUCGUUUUUUUUUAUGAUGGAAUAGAAAGCUUAAACGAUCUGAAUCGGAGAAAAAACACUUGUUGAUAAAAGAUAAACUAGGAGAAACAAAUAAAGAAAAGUCUUGUAUUCGGCUGAAACUAA